AUGGGAAAAAUAACCUCCGAACCCCAGAAAGAAACCCUAACCCCAUCAAUUACUCAUUUCAGCCACCUCCAUCCCUUAACCCUAAUCACCACCGACCAUCAGCAUCAGCAUUAUCAAGACCAAACCCUAAUAUCUUCUUCUUGUGCGGGGUGCAAUUUGAACGUUUCCGGAACAAACUUCUACACCUGCACAGUGUGCAGUUUCUUCCUCCACAAGAAAUGUUUCGAAAUGCCCAUGAAAAUAACCCACCCUUUCCACAAGGAGCAUACUCUAACACUCCUUCCGAAACCCGCCUACUCCACGGGCGUAUUCAACUGCGAUGCCUGCUUUGAACCGGGUAAGGGCUUUUCCUACAGUUGCAAACACUGCGGAAUCGAUCUCCACAUACUUUGCGCAAGCACGCCCUUGUCCGUCACAAACGCCACAUGUCACCCGCACAAGCUCGACCUCACUUCCGGGUCCCCUUACGACACAAAAAACUUUUCCUGCGACGUGUGCAAGAAAAUCGGUGGGGACCACUGGCUUUACAGGUGCGGCCCGUGCGGGUUUGAUGCUCAUUUGACUUGUGCCAGGCCACAGAUCAAUAAUCACAGCGGUGGUACAAGUGAUAGAUCUAUUCAUGUGCCUCAGCCUCAGCCUCAGCCGGCGUCUGUGCAACAGAGUUUCGUUCAUCACCCAAAUUAUUAUCACCCUCCUUACUAUCACCCUAACAUGAGCCCUCAUGUUGUACCUUUCGGUUAUCCAAUCGGUGGCUCGGUGGCGGCAGUUGAAAUAUAUAAUCAAAUGCUCUUUCAGGCCUUUCAGCAAAUGGCUCAAGGCAAUCAGGCGAUGACGCAUGCGAUUCUUUCAGGCGGACUUGGUGUUGGUGACAGGGGAGUACAACAGCUGAUGCAAAUGAUGUAUGGACUUAAUAAUUACGGCGGCAUACCUGGCGGCGUUGGCGCCGAUAUUUUUCAGUCAUGGUUGGGUAAUAAUGGAAUUGAUUUUCUUGGAGGUGGUGGCUUGGACUUUCUUGGAGGACUUGGAUUCUUUCUCUCAUGA